AUGUCUGCUAGAAACUUAACCACAAUCACUCCAGUUGCCACUAAAAAUGCCCCACCAGCAGCUGCCUCAUAUUCUCAAGCUAUAAAAGCUAAUAACUUUAUCUAUGUUUCAGGUCAAGUUCCAUUAACCCCAGAAGGUACAAAAGUUGAAGGUACAAUCGCUGAUAGAGCUGAACAAUGUCUACAAAAUGUUAAAAACAUUUUAGAAGAAGCUGGUAGUGGUUUAGACAGAACUGUUAAAAUUAACGUUUUCUUAACUGAUAUCAAUGACUUUGCUGAAUUCAACAAAGUUUAUGCUAAACAUUUCAACACCCAUAAACCAGCUAGAUCCUGUGUUGCUGUCAAAUCAUUACCAUUAGGUGUUGAUGUUGAAAUUGAAGCUAUUGCUGUUGAAAACUAA